UGCCCAGUACCCUGCCACCGAGUGUGCAGACCCGCGUUUUCACCGGUCGUUCUCCGCUUUUAGGUUUCGGUUGGGCCGGAGUGACCGCGGGCUCUAGCAGUUCCAGGGACCCGUGAAACGGAGUUGGGAGAGCGCUGGGCCACCAUGCCGCGCUCAUUCCUAGUCAAGAGCAAGAAGGCUCACAGCUACCACCAGCCACGCUCCCCAGGACCAGAUUAUUCCCUUCGUUUGGAGACUGUACCCGCGCCCGGCCGAGCAGACAGCACCGUGAGUGCAGGCGGGGGAGCGAAGGCGGAGCCCGGGGACCGUUUGUCUCCCGAGUCGCUGAUGACCGAAGCCCCCGACAGAGCCUCCACAUCUCCGGACAGCUGCGAGGGCAGCGUCUGCGACCGGAGCUCCGAGUUUGAGGACUUCUGGAGGCCUCCAUCGCCUUCCGUGUCUCCAGCCUCCGAGAAGUCGUUGUGCCAGUCGUUGGACGAGGCCCAGCCUUUCCCUCUGCCUUUCAAACCGUAUUCGUGGAGCGGCCUGGCGGGUUCUGACCUGCGGCACCUCGUGCAGAACUACCGGCCGUGUGCGGCCCUGGAGCGAGGCGCCAGCCUGGGCCUCUUCUGCGAGCGCACCCCAGAGCCGAGCCACCCCGCCGCUCUGUACGGUGCCGAGCGUGCUGCUGGUGGUGCCGGGGCCGGAGCGCCAGGGAGCUGCAGCGCGGGAGGCGGUGUCGCCGGCAGCUCGGGCCUGGGGCUCUUCGGCGACUUCGGGCCGGCCGCUGCCGCCCCCCGCCUGCUGCUGGGCGGCGGCUCCUACAAGUGCAUCAAAUGCAGCAAGGUGUUCUCCACGCCGCACGGGCUCGAAGUGCACGUGCGCAGGUCCCACAGCGGCACAAGACCCUUUGCCUGCGAGAUGUGCGGCAAGACCUUUGGGCACGCGGUGAGCCUGGAGCAGCACAAAGCCGUGCACUCGCAGGAACGGAGCUUCGACUGUAAGAUCUGUGGCAAGAGCUUCAAGAGGUCGUCCACACUGUCCACACACCUGCUCAUCCACUCAGACACCCGGCCCUACCCCUGUCAGUACUGUGGCAAGAGGUUCCACCAGAAGUCAGACAUGAAGAAACACACCUUCAUCCACACGGGUGAGAAACCCCACAAGUGCCAGGUGUGCGGCAAGGCAUUCAGCCAGAGCUCCAACCUCAUCACCCACAGCCGCAAGCACACAGGCUUCAAGCCCUUCGGCUGUGACCUGUGCGGGAAGGGCUUCCAGAGGAAAGUGGACCUGCGGAGGCACCGCGAGACGCAGCACGGGCUCAAAUGAGCGCGCAGGCUGGCUGCAGGCAGCGGCCACACAACACUACACGGGGCAGCCUCCCAAUCGCCACCACUUCUCUGACUUCUUAGGCCCCCCAGGACAGACUGCAGAGCCCACCAGGGUACCGCCUUCCCUGUACUUCCUGCAGCUGCCAGAGGAGUGAGCCACCUUUUCAAAAUUCAACCCAGAGUGGGAACCAGCAAAUCUGUGGGCUUUGGACACAAAGGGACUCCUCCAUACCUGAAGAUGCAAGGCCAGGUGGCAGUCAGAUAAAAUCGUGAAUCCCACAGUCCUUCCCAUUCCCAGCCCUGCUCCACAGACGGGCAAGUCCUUCAGGUGUCUUCCUCUGACCUACCCCAGCUACUCCUAGGAAGAGGAGAAUCACCAUCACCAUCCCAAGGUGGACAUCUGCAAAUGUCUUUAUUUACAAAGAAGGGUGGGGUUGAUUUUGUUUUAUAACUUCAGGGGUUUGUUAACCCCUUCUGUUGGGUGCUGCCAGUAAAUCUUAGAGGAAUCAUUUUUCCUUCUCUAAGACUGGUUCAGAAACUGAUUUGGGGAAGGAAUUGAGCUAGCUCCUGAAAGGAGAGAAGAAAACUGGUGAUGAGAGGGGGUUAGCAGGAGACCAGGAAGGCUUCACUGGACGAGGUAAGAGCCCAGCGCUAUGAUGCCUGUGGACAGGAUGGCAUUCAUUCUCUCAGCAAAUGCUUUUAGACCACUGGUUACCAAGGUACCAGGCACCAUACUAGGAAAAUCUCAGCCCCUCCCCUCCCCCUCUGAAGCUAAUGGUGGCAUCUUCAAGUGGCUUGGUCUGUUCUUUCCCUUGAGGGAACUCAGAAAACCACAUAGAAACUUGAACCUUUCCUUUUGACCCGUUUGGAUUUUAUCAAGCAUAAACAAAAAGUAGCUGAACAGUCACUUCAAAGAUUUAUGUGUAUAUUCGGGUUUUAUUGUUAAGAUGAUCUUGUUUAACUGUCUGAGCUGGCAGGUACCUGGGGGAGAAGACUCUCUUUACCUCUUUGCCCCUCCGUGUGUACCAUAGGGAAAAAAAAAAGUGGUAUUUUUCUUUGAGGCUUGUAAAUGUUUUAGAUCUUCUGAAGUGCAUUAUGUUUGUUAAUACAUAUUUAUUAGAAUGAUGCUUUAAAUUAAUAAAGUAAUAAGA